UGCCACGGCCCUCGCUGCUCACACGCACAUGCCUCCCCUCCCCAGGCCGAGGCCCAGCUGACCCCCAGGGCUCCCCCCGGCAGCGGACAGGGAAGGGUUAAAGGCCCCCAGCUCCCUGCCCCCUGCCCUGGGGAAUCCCUGCCCUGUGGGGACAUGAACAGUGUUUGCUGCCUGGUCCUGGUCGCUCUGAGCCUGUGGCCGGAUAGAGCUGCUGCCCCGGGGCCACCGCCGGGCCCCCCACGGGCCUCCCCAGACCCUCGGGCCGAGCUGGACAGCGCCGUCCUCCUGACCCGCUCUCUCCUGGCGGACACUCGACAGCUUGCUGCGCAGCUGGUGGGAGAGCCUGCCGGGGGGGGCUGGGCUGGGACAGGGACCCGGAGUGUGGAGGGCUUCUGGGCUCGCACGGAAACAGCGGGAGGGGGGAGUCUGGGGCCUGUCUGCAGGAUGGGGGGGGGACCCUUGGAGCUGGGCAGGGUCCCCCUCAAGGCUUCUUUUUCCCCACAGAGAGACAAAUUUCCGGCCGACGGAGACCACAACCUGGACUCUCUUCCCACCUUGGCCAUGAGUGCAGGGGCGCUGGGAGCCCUACAGCUCCCAGGUGUGCUGACGCGGCUGCGGGCAGACCUGUUCUCCUACCUGCGGCACGUGCAGUGGCUGCGGCGGGCGGGCGGCCCUUCCUUGCGGACCCUGGAGCCGGAGCUGGGCGCCCUGCAGGCCCGGCUGGACAGACUGCUGCGCCGGCUGCAGCUCCUGAUGUCCCGCCUGGCCUUACCCCAAGCACCCCCAGACCCACCAGCUCCCCCACUGGCCCCCCCAGCCUCCGCCUGGGGAGGCAUCAGGGCAGCCCACGCCAUUCUUGGGGGGUUGCACCUGACCCUUGACUGGGCCGUGCGGGGCUUGCUGCUGCUGAAGACUCGGUUGUGACCAGCUACACAGAACCGCCAACGUCCUUCGAUGCCACAUCUUAUUUAUUUAUUUAUUUGGGGACUAGGGGCAUGGAGGUCAGGAGAUACGCCCCUCUUCUUCUCCCCCUAAUUAGAGAUGGUCCCUCCAGGAGACCUGGGCAGAAGAGGGGGGGGCAUCUGUGCCUUAUUUAUACUUAUUUAUUUAAGGGCGUGGGUGGGAGGUGGGUGGGCUUGGGGACCAAAGGGUGAGGGAACUGGAGUCCUGGAUUCUUGAAUCUCUAAGACGUCUGGCCACAGUGUUUCCCUGUUCCCCACGCCUCUGGGCCUAGGCAGGAGCAUAUAUUAUUUAUUAAACAAUUACUUUUUGUGUUGGGGUGGGGAGGGAAGGGAAAAGAGGCCUGGGUUUUUGUACAAAAUGCAAGAAACUUUUGUACGAUACAGAAGAGGGAAUUAAAUUUGUCAUACACGUCCACUUAGAGGUGAUUUCUCUGAGGGCUGGGGGCUGGGGUCCCUGGAGUAGAGGGAGGCAGGGACCCUCAGUGGGCAGGACAGCAGAGGGGAGAUGGUUGGUCCUCCAGGGCAGGGUCUGAGCCUCAUCUGGUGCACCGCACUUCAUAGACUCUCAAUAAAUAUUUAAUAGAAGGUUCCAGAA